UGGGUUUCAGAUUUUAUUUUAUUUUUCCAAAACAAACAUUGUAAUACUGAGAAGGAGUAGGUAUAAGAAAAGGAUAAAUAAAUAAAUUAAAAUAUAAAAUAUAAAAUGUUGUCAUAAAUUUCGCCGUUUUAAAACCAGGAAAACCUUCGAACUUCGAAGAUUACGCCCCGCCGUCGAUUCGUUUCUCAUUAUUCUCUGUUUUUUGUGAUCAAUCCUCCUCACACACUGUUCUUCCCACUUCCAAACAACCCCUAUCCUUUGAUGGACAGGUUUAUGACGAAUUGCUGAUUGGUGUACUGUAAAAUGCGUUGAACAAAGUGUUGUCUCUCUGUUGUGAUAGGUCGAGGAGUAUGAACAUGGAUAUGGCUUGUGGUUUACCGCAGUCAAGGGUGUUGCACGGAGGUGUGGGGACGAGUUACAGACACAGAUCAGUUGGUCAGUUAGGUUGUUUUGAUUUUAGAGGGAGAGGUUUUGGUUGUGUUGGAUUUGACAGCUCGAGAAGUGUUUCAAAAUUUCGUGUUAGUGGAGUGAAUGCUUCUGCUUGUUGGAGUAAUUCCAGGGUGUUUACAGGUAGGGAGUUUAAAUUUUUGAAUAUUGAGAGAAGUUUGUCUUGUAAGAAUAAUAAUCUUUUUACGGGGUCUAGAGUGAUUUGGUCGAAGUGCCAGGGUAAUGACUCUUUAGCUUAUGUUACUGGCAACGGUCGGACUGUUGAUUACGUGGAAGGUUCAGGUGAGGAUGCAGGAUUGGAGUCUGUUUCUAGUGUUGAAUCUGAUGCACCUUUGGAAGAAGCAGAUCAAGCAGGAAGAAAAGAGGGAGGGAGUGAAAUAGGAUCAGAGGAACCAAGUGUGGAUGAAUUGAAAGAACUAUUGCAAAAGGCCAGGAAGGAGCUAGAAGUAGCUCAAAUAAAUAGUACCAUGUUUGAAGAAAAGGUUAAAAAAAUAUCAGAGACUGCCAUUUCUUUGCAUGAUGAAGCUGUGAUUUCUUGGAAUGCUCUUAAUUCUACCCUUGACACCAUCAAAGAUCUAGCUAAUGAAGAGCUUAUGGCCAAAGAAGCUGUCCAAACUGCAACAAUGGCUCUUUCAUUAGCUGAGGCAAGACUUCAAGUAGCCAUAGAAUCUUUGGAGCCUACAAAAGAAGUUCCUGAUUCAACACAAGGGUCUAAUGAGAGCAAUGGUGAUAACGACAUGGAGGAACAUGAGAAAGCUAUUUUGUUUGCUGAAGCAGAUAUCAAGGAAUGCCAGGCUAACUUAGCCAAUUGUGAGGCAGAGCUGAGGCGCUUGCAAAAUAGGAAGGAAGAGUUGGAGAAGGAAGUGAGCAAAUUGCAAGAAAUUGCUGAAAAUGCUCAGCUGAAUGCUGUGAAAGCUGAAGAGGAUGUUACAAACAUAAUGCUUUUGGCUGAGCAAGCUGUUGCCUUUGAACUUGAGGCAACAAAACAUGUAAAUGAUGCAGAGAUUGCCUUACAACGAGCAGAUAAGUCUAAUUCUAGUUCAAAUGCUGAUACGAUAGAAACUACCCAAGCACCCGAUGUUGAGGCUAUUCUUGAGGAGGAAAAAGUGGUUAACUGUUUUUCUGGUGAUGUCACUGUUGAAAGAGACAGAGAAUUGUCAAUUGAUGAUGAAUAUUUGGUUGCGAAUUUAUCACCUGAAACACUAUCUGAUAAAGCCAACCAAAUUUUGGAAGAUAAAACACCGUCUGAUUAUUUAAGUGAUAAUGAGAAUGCCAUACAAGCAAAAAAGCAGGAAACACAGAAAGAUUUAACCAAAGAUAGUUCACCUUUUGCUCCCAAGGCAUUAUUGAAAAAGUCUUCUCGAUUCUUUUCUGCGUCAUUCUUUUCUUUUACCGAAGAUGGGACUGAGUUCACACCAGCAUCAGUCUUUCAGGGCCUUAUAAUAUCUGUACAGAAGCAGUUGCCGAAGCUGAUUUUUGGGCUCUUGUUAAUGGGAGCAGGGGUUACCUUCUUUGCUAAUAAAGUGGAUAGGAAUGCUCAGCUGCUUCCCCAGGCAGACGUUAUCAUGACCAGUGUUGAAGAAGUUUCCUCUAGUGCAAAGCCGCUUGUUAGACACCUACAGAAACUGCCCAAGAAAAUCAAGAAAAUCAUUGCGUCUUUACCUCAUCAAGAGGUGAAUGAGGAAGAAGCCUCCCUCUUUGACAUGCUCUGGCUAUUACUUGCAAGUGUUAUAUUUGUGCCAAUAUUCCAGAAAAUUCCUGGAGGCAGUCCUGUUCUUGGCUAUUUGGCCGCUGGUAUCUUGAUUGGGCCAUAUGGUCUCUCUAUCAUUCGUCACGUACAUGGCACAAAAGCAGUAGCUGAAUUUGGAGUUGUUUUCCUUCUAUUCAAUAUUGGCCUAGAGCUCUCUGUUGAAAGGCUUAGUUCAAUGAAGAAAUAUGUCUUUGGAUUAGGCUCUGCACAGGUCUUGGCAACUGCUGUAGCUAUUGGUUUGGUGGUUCAUUUUAUUUGUGGCCAACCUGGUCCUGCUGCUAUUGUUGUUGGGAAUGGCCUUGCAUUAUCAUCCACUGCUGUUGUUCUGCAGGUGUUGCAGGAGAGAGGUGAGAGCACAUCACGGCAUGGCCGAGCUACUUUUUCUGUGUUACUCUUUCAGGAUCUGGCUGUUGUGGUGUUGCUAAUUCUCAUACCUCUUAUUUCUCCCAAUUCUUCCAAAGGAGGGGUUGGUUUUCAAGCUAUUGCUGAAGCACUUGGAAUGGCUGCUGUUAAGGCAGCAGUUGCAAUCACUGCCAUAAUUGCAGGGGGACGAUUGCUCCUUCGACCAAUAUACAAGCAGGUUGCAGAAAAUCAAAAUGCUGAAAUUUUCUCAGCCAAUACACUCCUUGUUAUUCUUGGCACAAGUCUUCUUACGGCCAGGGCUGGACUUUCCAUGGCAUUAGGAGCCUUUUUGGCUGGUUUACUGCUGGCAGAAACUGAAUUUUCGUUACAGGUUGAAUCUGACAUUGCUCCAUAUCGUGGCCUUCUUUUAGGGCUAUUCUUUAUGACGGUUGGAAUGUCAAUAGAUCCAAAACUUCUUGUAUCAAACUUCCCAAUCAUCGGAGUUACACUAGGACUCUUAAUAUGUGGCAAGACUAUCUUGGUUUCUUUGAUGGGUAGAAUGUUUGGGAUUUCCUUCAUUUCUGCCAUCAGAGCUGGUCUUCUUCUUGCUCCUGGUGGAGAGUUUGCAUUUGUGGCUUUUGGUGAUGCCGUUAAUCAGGGCAUAAUGUCUUCCCAGCUAUCAUCUUUGCUUUUUCUUGUUGUGGGCAUUUCAAUGGCCAUCACACCAUGGCUAGCAGCAGGAGGCCAGCUGAUUGCUUCCCGUUUUGAGCAGAAUGAUGUUAGAAGACUAUUACCUGAAGAAAGUGAGACAGAUGAUCUGCAAGAUCAUAUUAUUAUUUGUGGAUUUGGACGAGUGGGCCAGAUCAUUGCCCAACUUCUUUCUGAGCGUCUUAUUCCGUUCGUCGCACUAGAUGUAAGGAGUGAUAGAGUUGCAGUUGGCCGUGGUCUGGGUCUGCCUGUGUAUUUUGGGGAUGCUGGUAGUAGAGAGGUCUUACAUAAACUUGGAGCUGAAAGGGCAUGUGCUGCAGCAAUAACACUCGAUACACCUGGUGCAAAUUAUAGAACAGUCUGGGCUCUGAGCAAGUACUUCCCAAAUGUGAAGACCUUUGUCCGUGCCCAUGACGUUGAUCAUGGAUUGAAUUUAGAAAAGGCUGGAGCCACUGCUGUCGUACCAGAGACUUUGGAACCAAGUCUUCAACUUGCAGCUGCUCUGCUUUCUCAGGCCAAACUCCCCACGACGGAGAUUGCAGCCACUAUAAAUGAAUUCAGAACUCGACAUCUGGCUGAGCUCUCAGAGCUGUGUGAAGCAAGUGGAAAUUCUCUGGGUUACGGAUAUAAUAAUAAUAAUAAAAUUGCGGGAAAACCAAAAUCCCAAUCAACAGAUUCAUUAGACGAGACCCCUGUUUCUGAAGGCACACUGGCAAUAUGAAGAGUGUUGCAUAUAUACAAAAGUUAGAUGGCAGAAGAGGAGUUAGACAAAAAAUUAUCAAAAGAUGUAUAGCAGAUUUUUAGUUCUAUUGUUAUGUACAGAUAUAGCCGGAUAGAUGGAGAUGCAGUAGUUUUAUUUUCUUUUUGCCUAGAAAAAUUUUGGUUCCGGGCACCUCAAAUUUCUGUUAAAGGGUGAUAUCCCUGUUGAUGUAGUUAUAUGCGCCAUUGGCAUUGUUUUCAUUUGCCGUGGCUCCAGAAAAACGUCCAGUCAUGUUUCCCCUGCUUAACAUCAAUAUGCCAAUGCCCUUGACAAGUAGGGUCACUCCCGCAGCUAUAUGCUUCAGCCCGCAUAGCCACAAGGCUAAAAAGUUAAGAAAUGUUAUCCUUUGCGUUGUGUUUGAAUGAUGUUAUUCGAUGUAUUGCAACGUAACAAAUAAGAGGAGUGAACAAAAUGAUGUUAUAUUUCAUUUUAUUUGCAUGCACUAACGAUGUUUUCAGUACGUUUGUUAAAUACUUGGACUUUGUAAGUAAUUUCACUGCGAUUUGUUUUUUACUAUUUCUAGAAUAAAGACUUUUAUUACGAGUUGUU